AUGUCUGUCGCGGCAGGCCAACAGCGCCGGUCAAUCGACCUCGACUCGAUUCCGGCCGAGGAGGAUGUCGCCGAGACGUCUGCCCUGCUCGGUAGCGAGAGCAAUACCGCGGUCGGAUCCGGGUCGACGUCGCCGCCGCGCAAGGAUAGCUGGAAUGGCGAUGAGGACUUCAGAGGCCUGUCUUGGUGGAGGCGCCCAUCGGUCUACUGGCUCAUCGGUCCAUACGUGCUCUUCACGCUGGCCUACGGCGGCAUCUUGGUGCCGCGUCUGAACCUGAUCAUCGGACUCGUCUGUCGCGGCUAUUUUGCCGACCGCGAGCACAGCGACGGCCUGCAGAUGCUGCCCAUCGUGCCCGGUGCCGAUAACCCGCAGUGCCAGGUGCCUGCAGUUCAGCGCAGCGUGGCCACCUUCUCGCUAGCCAUCAGCGUUGUGUCCGGCUCGCUGGGUGCAUUCACAGCGCCGCGCCUGGGCGCCCUGUCGGAUCGAUACGGCCGCAAGAUGAUCCUAGUGAUUGCAUCGUGCGGCGGGCUGUUUGGCGAGAUCAUCAUCAUCCUGGCGGCCAAGUAUCCCGACGUGGUGCACUACAACUGGCUGAUCGGUGCAGCGGUCAUCGACGGCUUGGCCGGCUCCUUCACCACCGGCAGUGUGGCCAGCCACGCGUACACAAGCGACUGCACGCCGCCGUCGAGGCGGAGCGUAUCCUUUGGCUACAUGCACGCCUGUCUGUUCACCGGCAUGGCCGCGGGCCCGUUUCUGGCCGGCUACUUUGUCGAGUGGACCGGCUCGCUGGUGUCCAUCUUUUACGUGGCCUUGGGCUGCCACGUUGCCUUCAUCGCCUUCAUCAGCCUGCUGCUGCCAGAGUCGCUGUCGCAGCGCCGCCAGCUGGUUGCCCGAGAGAAAUACGCGCUGGACGGGCAGGACAAGGCAGCCAAGGCCAAGGCCCGGGAGGAGGAAGAGGAAGAUGCCUUGCGGAAGCUGAGCCAGACGCCCGGCAGCACGGUGCAGCGCGGCCUGGGACUGCGCCUUGCGGCGUGGCUGCGGCGGACGAACCCGUUUGCGCCGCUGGCGAUCCUGUGGCCCAAGGGGACCUACAACACGCGAGUGCGCCGCAAUUUGCUGCUUCUGGCCGCCAUCGACACGGUGCUGCUGGCGGCGGCAAUCAGCAUCGGCAGCGUCACGCUGCUAUACAGCGAGUAUCAGUUCCACUGGGGCAACUUCCAGACGUCGGCUUUCAUGUCGCUGUUAUCGACGGUGCGCGUGGCCGUGCUGAUGGUCAUCUUUCCGGUCAUCAACUACCUCGUGCGCACACGGCCGGCGGCCCGGCUGCGACGCCUCUCGGGCGAGGAGCCGGUCGAGGCCAACACGGGCGCCGACGAGCUGGACGUGUGGCUGAUCCGCAGCGCAAUCCUCUCAGACGUCUUGGGCCUGACCGGCUACAUCUUUGCUCGCUCGUCGGCCGUCUUUGUCCUGUGCGGCGUGGUGACGGCUUUUGGCGGCCUCGGAUCGGCCACGGUGCAGUCAGCGCUGACUAAGCACAUUCCCGCCGACCGCAUCGGCGAGCUGCUCGGUGCCAUCGGGCUGCUGCAGUCGCUCUCGCGCGUGUUUGCGCCGCUGGUCUUCAACAGCCUCUACGCGGCAACGGUGGGCAGCUUUCCGCAGGCUGUCUUUGUGCUGGUCGCCGCCGUCUUCGCCACCCUCCUGCUGCUGUCCUUUUUCGUUCGUCCACAUGUGUUCCUAUCCGACUUUGAGGAGGCGGCAGAGCCGCAGCCCGACCGUCUUGCCGAGGCAGACGACAUUCUUGUCGAGGAGACUGUUGUUCCUCAGAUCUGA